AUGUCAGACUCAAUAGACCGACAGGCGGGCCAAGCAUCACCGAAAGGCGGCGGCUUGAAGCUGCAUCACAUCAACGACCACGGCGCAACUAGCAAGAAUGCCGUGAGUUUGCAAAGUCAACGCGUCGCCAGUCUACCAGUGCGGCAGAAGUGGUACCAAUGGUUCUCACCCAGCGACACGCCAGAAGAAAGGCGCCUAAUCCUUAAGCUGGAUGCGUUGAUCAUGAUAUUUGUCUUUCUCGCCUACUGGGCCAAAGUCCUCGACCAGUCCGCCACCAGCGCUGCCUAUGUCAGCGGCAUGAAGGAGGAUUUGAAGCUCUUCGGCAACGAACUCAACUACCUAAACACAACGUACAUGGUCGGGUUCAUUACGUUGCAAAUCCCCCUCACCCUCCUCAUGACGCGCUUCUCGGCCAGCUACUUCAUCCCCGCGGCGGACUUGAUCUGGGGAAUACUGACGCUGGCCCAGUACAGAGUCACCAACGUGCAGCAGCUCUACGUGAUCCGCUUCUUCAUCGGCGCCGCGGGCAGCCUCUUCUUCCCCGCCGUGCAGUGGUAUCUCGGAUGCUGGUACAAGCGCUCCGAGCUCAGCCGUCGAGGCGCGCUGUUCUUCAUUGCCAGCCAGGUCGGCAGCAUGAGUUCGGGAUACAUCCAAAGCGGAGCGUACGCGUCUCUCAACCUCAAGCACGGCAUCGAGGGCUGGAGAUGGCUCUACAUCAUCUGCUUCUCCUGCACGAUCCCCGUGGCUGUCCUGGGCUUCCUCACGCUGCCUGGCCAGCCUGACAAGCCCAAGUCGUAUUUCCUCACCCCGAGACAAGUCCAGGUUGCUCAGGAGCGCAUGGCGGCUGAGAACCGCGAGCCUCGUAGACCACUGACGUUUUCCGUGGUCAAGUCAGUGCUUGUGGGCUGGCACUUUUGGAUCCUGGUGUCCUUUGCGUUCUUCUUCUCUCAGGCAGAUGGUGUCUCUUCCAACAGCGGGCUUGCGCUGUGGCUCAAGGAGGAAGGAUACAGCGUGGAAGCAAUCAACACCAUUACUACGGUGUCGCCGGCCGUGACGAUAGUCUCUUCCAUCAUCUGCGGCAUCUUGUCGGACGCUUACGACGCCAAGGUGUCCUUGAUUGCAGCGACGGCUGGCUUGAAUAUCUUUGCCAGCAUCAUCCUGGCCAUAUGGAACGUUCCCACUGGCCUCAAGUUUUUUGCAUUCUUCCUCUCGGGAACCGCUAAUGGCAUCGCAGCCGUCAUCUAUGCUUGGGCCAAUGAGAUCUGCGCCUCUAAUGCAGAAGAGCGCGCCAUUGUAAUUAGUAGCAUGAACACGAUAGGCAACGCCUUUGGAGCGUGGCUCCCGCUGUUCGUGUGGAAGACGGUUGAUGCACCGCGAUACUUGAUUGGAUAUACUUGGACUAUUGCUCUUGAUGUAUGCAUGCUGGUUAUGCUUUUUGUGUUGCGUGCGUUUUGGAAUCGAGAAAAGACGAACCUCAAGGCUUGA